AUGGCCUUCGAGAAGUUCAAGCCUGGCUCUGAAGAUGAGCUGCAUCUUUUCCUUAAGAACUUUGUCACCGCCAAUCUAUCAAAGAGCGCGUAUGGCUUUGGUCUGAACCGGAAGAAGCCCGGUCAUUCUAGCCUGUGCUUCCUCACAAACAAGAACUCGACCAUUCACACAUGGCCUGUCCGCAUUGCACCAGAGGCAUACUACCUGUUUGACAUGGCGGCCACAGGUGUUCCGGAGCUGUGCAACGCAUCCAAAGUUCUGGGCGGGCCCGGCGGAGGUCGCACACCCUAUGGCGGGCAUACUCCAGGUCAUACACCGGCAGUGUCAGGGAUGGCAAUGCCAGGUCACAUGUCGAUGCGUCAUGUUGGAGGGACGCCCAACCCUUAUGUUGGACAGAUGGUGAAUCCUGCAGCAGCGGGGGCUGCGACACCCGCCAUAUAUAAUGGAGCACCCAGAUUCAGAAUGCUGAUGCUGACACCAUUCGGAUACCACUCGCAGACAUGCUGUGGGAGCAUGGAUCAAGCCCGCUAA